CCUAGGCAAAGCAGAGGACAUUCCUCCCGACACGUAUAAAGACAACCACGGUCCGGCUGUAAUACACCUAUAAACAUUCGAAAAUUUUACUUCUUACUCUAAUCUUCUUCUGUCAGAUAAUUAUCGAAAUGAAAGAAGGGGAGCCAAGUUUCCGGAAGAGACCGUUCUAGCACCUUCCUUUUGUUCCCCAGCGUGCGCGUGGAUCCCACGUACUUUGCCUUUUCUUCUUUCUUCCCCUUAUCAUUUUAUCCACCCAGAACCUUCUAGAAAUAACAAAACCUAAUCUCCUCUCCCUCUCCUCUCUCAAAUUGCCGUCUCUAACUCCGUUCACGGUGUUGAAACUUUUCAUUCAACGGUGUCCGAUCGUAUGAGUGAGGUUUCUUGGUUCUUGUUUGGCUGCUGGGAAAAUUUUCUUUCUUUUAGCUAUAGAUUAAAAGGCACGCCAAAGAAAUCUCUCUAUCUGGAGAGUUCCGGUUUUGUAGGGUUCGGAUCUAGGACCGAACCGCAUGGCUCCGUCGCCGGCCGAACAACCCUGCGAACCCCCAGCCGGUGCUGCCGCUGAGUCGCUACGAUGUUUACCGACUCCGUUCCUUACCAAAACUUAUCAACUAGUUGAUGAUCCCUCCGUUGAUGACUUGAUUUCAUGGAACGAAGACGGAUCAACUUUCAUCGUUUGGCGGCCCGCUGAAUUCGCCCGUGAUUUGCUCCCUCAAUACUUCAAACAUAACAACUUCUCUAGCUUUGUCCGCCAACUCAACACAUAUGGAUUUAGAAAGGUAGUGCCGGAUCGAUGGGAGUUCGCUAACGAUUGUUUUCAAAGAGGCGAAAAAGGACUUCUUCGAGAUAUUCAGCGGCGGAAAAUAACUCCUAUUGCAGCUGCUUCUGCGACGGUGACCGUUGCGGCGAUCCCAUGUAAGGUAUCCCCGUCGAAUUCCGGCGAUGAGCAGGUUAUUUCGUCAAACUCGCUUCCCGUCGCCACCGUUGUGCAUCGGACCACGAGCUGCACGACAACGCCGGAGCUUUUAGAGGAGAACGAGAGGCUUAGAAAAGAGAACAUGCAGCUGAACCAUGAGUUGACUCAGUUGAAGGGAUUGUGUAACAAUAUAUUAACUUUGAUGACGAACUAUGCUUCCGGUCAGUUGGAGAAUCAUUCAAAUUUGGCGGAAGGGAAAGCGUUGGAUCUUUUGCCGGAGAGGAAUUUGGAAAGAACAGCCGAGGAUGGUGGUUCGAAAGGGGCGACGGAGAAAUUGGAGAUAGAAGAAGCGGCGGCUGCGGCGGAGGAUGUAACCCCAAAGUUGUUCGGUGUUUCCAUAGGGGUGAAGCGCGUGAGGAGAGAGGAUCAGGAUGAGGAGCAGAAUAAUAAUCAAGUACAGCCUCAGGAGAUUGAGACUGGGUCUGACGUUAAAGAAGAACCGUUAGAUGGGAAGACUGAUGAUCAGGACUCUUCGUGGUUGGAGCUUGGGAAAUGAUUAAAUGAUGUUACAAUUAUUUGAUUUUUAAUCGGAGGAUGGUAGAGGAACGUGGUCCCACGGCAACGUUCUUGGAGGAAUCGCGUGUUGGGAACUGACACGUGGUGUCAGGUAGCUUUUAUUCUGGUUGCUUCUGGAAUGUGAAACUCCUUCGCAUCGAAAACAAACGACGCCGCGUCGAAACUAUUUUCUGCCAACGAAAACGAAGGGCAGAAUUGGGACUAUCCCAGUAGACAGAAAAAAAUUUUAAGAUGGAAACCAUUGUACAAUAUUCGAUGAACAAAUCUAAAUAAAAUUUCUCAUUCUCUUCCUUAAAUGGAGAUAAUAUAAUAAUUUGAUUAAUCCUUUUCUGAA